AUGUGCAGCGGUGCCGACGGCGGCCCCUGGCCCCCCAAAGACGCGCCUAAUGUGACCGUCGCCGCCCUGGACCACUAUCGACUGCAGCUAUACAACUACGCCGUGGUGGAGCGGCUGCGACUUUACCCACCGGCGCCGUGCUACGCGCCCUACGCACCGCGCCUCGCGCUCUCCAUGUCCCUGCUGCAGCAGCGCGCGCUGCAGCCCGAGGAGCCCAAACCCCAGCACAGCUACAUCGGCCUCAUCGCCAUGGCCAUUCUCAGUUCGCCAGAUCGAAAGCUUGUGCUCUCCGACAUCUAUCAGCACAUCCUGGACAACUAUCCCUACUUCCGUACCAGAGGGCCCGGCUGGCGCAACUCUAUCAGACACAAUUUAUCCUUAAACGAUUGCUUCGUGAAAGCAGGCAGAUCAGCAAAUGGAAAGGGACAUUACUGGGCGAUUCACCCGGCGAAUAUCGAGGACUUUCGAAAAGGUGAUUUCCGACGACGCAAGGCGCAGAGAAAAGUAAGAAAACACAUGGGACUGGCGGUCGACGACGAUGGCGAGGACUCUCCGUCUCCGCCACCGCAGUCACCGCCGCCGACAACACUGCCCCUUCCGUUCUGGGGCGGCGGGCGGCUGCCCGGGGUUGGAGUGGCUCGGAAACGGCAAUUCGACGUAGCUUCGCUUCUGGCGCCCGACGAGGCUCCGGAGAAGCGACGGCGGGACAGCAGCGGCGAGGAGGAGGUGGAGGAAGACAUCGACGUGGUGGCGAGCGACCAGGAGGAAAGAGUAGAGGAGGAGUCCCGGGCGCCGCUGACGCCGGCCGCGCAGUACCCGCUGCUAGGCGCCUGGUGGCCGGCCCUAGACCCCGCGCUGUUGCACCAGCUACGCCGGCACUAUGUACCCCACACGCAGUCGGUUCCCAUGCCGCAGAGCUCGAUAAGCCCCGUAGAUCAACACAGGCCGCCCGAUACUUAAACGGUGAAGGUGAAAUUACGCUGCAGCGUUGUACAUUAUGUGAAUAUUCAGUAUUAUCUCCCCGGUGGCACUGAUCAGUGUUA